UGCAGACUAACAGCCCUGCUGGAGUGUAGGAGUUUAAGGACUACUAGGACUCACUGACUGCCAACCAUGGGCCAGGAUUAUUACUCUGUGCUCCAGAUCACUCGUAAUGCAGAGGAUGCCCAGAUCAAGAAGGCGUACCGGAAACUUGCCCUUAAGACCCACCCGUUGAAAUCAAGUGACCCCACAGCACCACAGACCUUCAGGCAAAUAGCAGAAGCCUAUGACGUGCUGAGUGACCCUGUGAAGAGAGCCAUCUAUGACAAGUUCGGAGAAGAAGGCCUGAAGGGCGGGAUUCCUCUGGAGUUUGGAUCCCAGGCCCCAUGGACAACUGGCUACGUCUUCCACGGCAACCCUGGAAAGGUGUUCCAUGAGUUCUUCGGGGGAGACAACCCCUUCAGUGAAUUUUUUGAUGCAGAAGGAAGUGAGGUGGAUUUGAAUUUUGGGGGGCUCCGAGGCCGAGGGGUCAAGAAGCAGGAUCCCCCAAUUGAACGGGACCUCUACUUGUCCCUGGAGGACUUAUUCUUUGGCUGCACCAAAAAAAUUAAGAUCUCCCGAAGAGUGCUCAACGAGGAUGGGUACUCCUCUACCAUCAAGGACAAGAUCCUGACAAUCGACGUGAAGUCUGGUUGGAGGCAGGGCACACGUAUCACCUUUGAGAAGGAAGGGGACCAGGGCCCCAACAUCAUCCCUGCAGACAUCAUCUUCAUUGUGAAGGAGAAGCUCCACUCUCGCUUCCGCAGGGAGAAGGACAACCUCCUCUUUGUGUAUCCCAUCCCCCUGGGGAAGGCCCUCACCGGCUGCACUGUGGAGGUGAAGACCCUAGAUGAUCGUCUACUCAACAUCCCCAUCAAUGACAUAGUCCAUCCCAAGUACUUCAAGAAGGUGCCAGAUGAGGGGAUGCCUUUGCCCGAGGACCCCACCAAGAAGGGGGACCUCUUCAUCUUCUUUGACAUCCAGUUCCCCACCCGCCUCACACCUCAGAAGAAGCAGAUGCUGCGCCAGGCAUUGCUGACCUGAGUGGGGGCGGGAGCGGUGGAGGAGAGGCUCCGCAGUCUUACCCACCCGGCCCCACAGUGCAGGCUGUGAGGAGGGGGAGGAUGGUGGGGAACCUAAGCUGACAUAAUAAAGAUUUAUUAUCCUCCAUUUUCACCCUGGAGAGU